AUGAAAAGCUAUUUGUCACUGCUUCUACUGCUCCUAGCUUUCAUGCAAGUGACUCUGGCCUAUGAUUCCCUACAAGGAUUGCCUAAGAGAGAUUUCAAACCCAAUUGGGAUGAUCUCGGAUGGGCAUGGGGAAAGCGAAGUGCACCAACAGAUCUGUCGUAUCCGCGACGAUUUCUACGAUCGAUGCAGUUGGUGAAGAAGAACCCGGACUGGCAUGACCUCGGCUGGACAUGGGGUCGUCGAAAGUGA